AAAUGUUCUAAGGAGAAGAUGUAGAUUUUUUAGAAGAGAUGUACAAAAUAAAGGAAAUUGGAAAGAUUGGAGAAGGUAGCUUUGGAAAAGUGUAUAAAGCUAUAGACUUAACAGAUAAUACAGAAUGUGCAGUGAAGGUUAAAUACUGUUGUAAUUAUUAAGGUUGUUUCUAAAACACUUUUCAAAGAUGCAUAAGUUGAGUCAGAUAUUUAUUAGUAGUUAAAUCAUCCUCAUAUCGUGAAAUGCAAAAGAGUACAUUAGCAUUCUUAUGAAGAUAACAGAAAAUAAGAAUUAAUUUUUUUUAAUUAUGGAAUUAAUGAAAGGUGGAACCUUAGCUUAGAGAAUGAAGGAAGAGCAUACUGAUGA